CCAGCAGGAGCAGUCGUGAGUUGAGCUCAGUGGAGAGCGAGCGGAGCUUCCUGGAUGGGCUCAGACCGCGGAGGCAGAGCUCCCACACGGAGACACGGUCCUGACGGGGGGAGCCGCGGGGCUGCUGCGAUGUUUUUCCACUUCCAUCAAACUCCAGUUCAGUGAGGAAGACCGUGUCCAGGGCCGCGGCGGGAGCUAUACAGGCUAACAGCAGGUUACGACAGAGGCAGGCUCUUUUAUCAACAUAUGUUCCUCUGAGAGCACUGCUGCUGCGGAUCUGGAAGCUGCUCCCACACCUUAGGCAAGGUUCAUGGCGACCGUAGAUCAUCAUCAUCAUCGUCAUGAAGGCCAGCGGAAGGCCUAGAGCCACCCUGCCUCCUCCCACCAUGGCCAGCAGGCGUCCCUCCAUUCACCUGGAAGCCAGGGAUCCGUCGCCAGUGAUGGCCGCCGCCGGUCCCCCGAGUAGCCAGGAUGUGUUCUGCAAGCUGUGCCUCAGCCUGCAGCCGCUUGCAGCCAUCAGGGAGCUGGAGGGCUGCAAGUGCAUGUUCUGCACAGCGUGUUUGCAACAGUACGUCCAGUUGGCCGUAAUGGAGGGCGGCGGCGCUCCAAUCACCUGUCCGGAUAUGGCCUGCCCAAAAACCGGAGCCCUGCUCGACUCAGAGAUUGCCAGUUUAGCAGCUCCGUAUCAGGUGGAGCUGUACCAGCGCCUGAAGUUUGAGAGAGCUGUGAAGCUGGACCCCAGCAAAGCGUGGUGCCCAGUGCUUGAAUGUCAGGCGGUGUGCAGUGUGCAGGCGAGCACCGAGGGCCGGCCCGCCGCCGUGGCCUGCCCCGCCUGUCACACUGUCUUCUGCUACAGCUGCAGGGGCCCCUGGCUGGAGGGCCACACCUGCCCCGAGGGCCAGCCCAUGAUGCUACCCCCGCUGUUUCCUGAAAGCAGCGACCCGGAGGCGUCCAUCAAGCAGUGCCCCAUGUGUGGCGUUUACAUCGAGAGGAACCAGGGCUGUGCACAGAUGCUCUGCAAGAGCUGCAAACACACCUUCUGCUGGUACUGCCUGCAGAAUCUGGAUGGGGACAUCUUCCUGAGGCAUUACGAUAAGGGCCCCUGCAGAAACAAGCUGGGACACUCCAGGGCCUCUGUGAUGUGGAACCGGACGCAGGAGCCAAAGAAGCACAGCUCUCAGCCCUCGUCCAUCAGAUCCUUCGUUUCUAUGGAAGCGUCCAAACUCCGCCCUGCAGUGAACAGGACGCUCUCCGCUCUAAACUCCCUUCAGCUCUGAGCUCUGUUGUUUUGCCCGUACACGUUUUUGCUUCGACAUGCAGGCUGCUGUGUUUAUUCAACAUGCUCUGAAUUUAUAUGCUAUUCUGACGAUGACCCGGCUGACCAGAACGCUGAGAAUAUGCAGAUAUGCGAUAUUUUUCCAACAUCCAGCUUUGUUAACGGGAGACGUCAACAUGAGCUUUCUCAUGUUUUGUCACAAACUCCAGUAUAUUUUAUUAGAUUCUUAUGUGACAAAGUAAAACAUAAACGUAAUGUUAAAAGGAAAAUUAUAUACCAGUAAGAACACAUGUUAACAAAAUAAAAUCUGAAAAGUGUGGCAUGCUUCUUCUUCUUCUUUUUUUUUUAGAGCCAAUUUUGGAUCUAAAAUAAGUGAAGCCCAUGUUGUAUGGAAAGCAUCUAUGAAUAUAUUUUUUAAAUCUAUCCUCAGAAGUUCAAUUGGGUUUAAGUCUGGACUUUGACUGGACCAUUCUGACACAUAAACAUGUUAGUAGACUACUGUGUCCUGAUUAAAAAGUAACACCUGCCUCAGUCUCAACGUCUUAGCCUCUAAGCUGUUACAUUAUGCUCAUGGUUACAUGUUUAAUUAGGUGGCGUGUUAAGGAAGUAACUUGUUGAGACACAGACCCAAUUUCAAGGUGCUAAAACAAGGAGUCGGAUUUCUUUUGAGUUAUAUUUGAUGUAUUCAGCAUUUUUAUAUCUGAAGGUUACAUAGUUACCUGAUUGUGCUAUAAAAUGUAUUUUCCAGACACUAUGUACCUGGAAAAUACAUAGUACUGCCCCUUUAAAAAUGUUUUGUCUGAGAAAAUAUCACCUAAAAGACAAAAUCAAAUAAAACCAUCCAUCUGCAUCAACCACAUGUACUUAUGACAAUAUAUUGUCAGGGGCCACAAAAAAUCCUUCAGAGGGCCAUGAGUGGCCCCCGCGCUGCACUUUGGUCACCCCUGGCUUAAUGCGUGUUUCAUACCAGCUUGUCUUUGUG